UUAUUGUGGUUGGAUAUUAGAUAAUAAUAACGACUGAUUUGUGAAAAAUAUUAUUUAAUUUUGAAUUUUAAUAGUAUUAAACUUUUCUUUAACUCCUCCCCGAAAUACUGAAAAUAAUGCCCACAAAUGUUUAUAGAAUUCUAGGACCCGAUGGGACCAUACCCUAUCAGCAAUACUUAAUCGAUAAAAGCAAUAAUACACUUGUAGAAAUUGCUACAGCAUUAAUGAAGGAUGUACGUUGCGAUGGCAGAGAUUUUUCAACCCAUAGAAAUUUAUGUAUCAAGACUGGUGUUGUUACACAAGCUAAAGGAUCAGCCUAUUUGGAAUGUGGUAGUACUAAAUUAAUAUGUUCUGUAUUUGACCCAAAAGAAGUUCCAAAUAAAGUAGAAUAUGCUAAAACUGGAGAACUUCAGUGUGAAUUUAAAUUUGCUACAUUUUCAUGUAGACAACGGCGUGGUUAUUCAAGGGAUUCUGAAGAACGGCAAUUGUGCAAUGAACUACGUAGAGCCUUAGAACCUGCUAUUUGUAGAGGUGAAUUUGCAAAUUUUGAAAUUCAUAUUAAUGUUCUAGUAUUAGAAAAUGAUGGGUCUGUGUUGGCUACUGCAAUUACAGCUGCAGGACUUGCAUUAAUGGAUGGAUGUAUACCUAUGUAUGAUGUGAUUGUUGCCACUUCAUUGGGUAUUUACAAAAAUAAAAUUUUAGUAGAUCCUUCUUAUGAUGAGGAAACAUUGUGCUCAUCUAGGACAAAUGAUGGAGAAAACAGAGGCACUGUAAUGUUAGCUUAUAUGAAGAAUUUGCAACAAAUUACAGAAUUUGCACAGAAUGGUUCAAUGGAUGUUAACAUGUUUCCAGAAUAUGUGCAAACAUUAAUUAAUCAAAAUUGUAAACUAUACAAAAUGGUGAUCUCUGCAGCUAGAAAAGAUGUUAUUGAAUAUUUUGAAAAUGAAACUAAAGAAUGAUCAAACAUUUUAAUGUAUUAAUUCAAUAAUAAGAAUAUAAAAUAUGUUUUUAAAGAUCGUAUUUCUAUUAAGUUCAAAGCUGUAAUUUUAUAUAUUGGUACUUGUUUAAUAAUCAUUGA